CAGUCAGCCGGUCUUGCUCACUUCCUGACCUGACUGUCCCGCGACUGUUUACAAAGCUUCAUCACUUCUUCAACGGCCCGCGGUCCUGCGUGAACACAAACCACGACGCGGAGGAUGGUCGUGUGCGGACUGCCACGCUUCUGCUAAGAACUACACGUCCUCUUUGAGUCUUGGCUGGGGACACUUACAAGGCCGUGAUUACCAAGUGGCGCCAGGGCCAUGCAGCACCCCAACUUCGAGACCCGCCACCCGCUCCAGACAGACGAGCAGCAGGAGACGGGCUUGGACCCGCUCAGCAAUUUCAACAAGAACCGCAGCAGAGGCUCUCUUGACAGCAGCACUCCAUCCUUGUCAACCUUCCUGUCAUACAGGAAAGAAUGGGACCAAUUGUUUGUCAGCAACAAUUACCUGGCCAGGAUCCGGCAGGCAGGCAUCAGCGGUCGACUGAGGAGCAGCCGCUUUCGAAGCGUAUGCUGGAAGUUGUACCUGGAGGCUCUCCCAGAGGACAGCAGUCAGUGGAUCAACAAGACCAGGGAGCUGCGGGCUCAAUAUGAGAAGAUUAAAGAAACGCACAUCACAAACCCUCGCAAGGCUGCGGGCAAGCAGGACUUGGUGGUCAACAACCCGCUAUCCCAGGACGAGGGGAGCCCGUGGAACAAGUUCUUCCAGGACAAGGAGCUGAAGGGGAUGAUCAAACAAGACGUAUUGAGAACGUUUCCUGAGAUCCGUUACUUCCAGGACGAGGAUGUGCGGACCAAGCUGACGGACAUUCUCUUCUGCUAUGCCAGAGAAAAUGAACAGUUGCUUUAUAAGCAGGGGAUGCACGAGUUGCUGGCUCCCAUCGUCUUCGUGCUGCACUGCGACCAUCAAGCCUUCCUGCACGCCAGCGAGACGGCGAGCCCCAGUGAGGAGAUGAAGUGUCUGUUGGACCCACAGUACCUUGAGCACGAUGCCUAUGCACUGUUCUCUCAGCUGAUGGAGACUGCAGAGCCUUGGUUUUCUUGCUAUGAACGAGAAGUGAGGAGGGGUAAAGAAGAAAUGCUCAGCAGCAUCCCUUUUGCACGGCCCCAGGACUUGGGGCCAUCUGUUGCCAUAGUAACCAAAGUCAACCGCAUCCAAGAUCAGCUGGUGAAGAAGCACGACGUGGAGCUGCACAUGCACCUCAACCGGCUGGAAAUCGCCCCGCAAAUCUACGGAAUCCGCUGGGUGCGCCUGCUGUUCGGGCGCGAGUUUCCCCUUCAGGACCUGCUGGUGGUCUGGGAUGCUCUGUUCGCUGACAGCAUCACUCUGGACCUGGUGGACUACGUUUUCGUGGCCAUGCUGCUCUACAUCCGAGACGCUCUGAUCGCCAGCAACUUCCAGACCUGCCUGGGCCUCCUGAUGCACUACCCUCCGAUCGGGGACAUCAACUCCCUGCUGCAGAAAGCUCUUUUCCUCCGAGACCCCAGAAACCAUCCACGACCUGUCAACUACCAGUUCCAGCAGAAUCUGGAUUACUACAAAACAAGAGGAGCCGACCUGAUGAAUAAGACACGUUCCAGCACCAAAGCGGCUCCUCUGAACAUCAACAAGGUGUCCAGCAGCCUGCUGAACUUCGGCAGGAAGCUCAUCUCUCCGGCCAUAUCAGGAGCGUCCAUCAACAGCGACGUGCACGCCUCGCCCGCUUUGCCCACAGGGACGUCCGCGCCCCCCUUGCUGCACCCGCUCGCCGAGCCCCCGCCGGACCGGGCGCCGUCGCAGAGCCACGCCCCCUCGCAGCACUACCGCAUGCUGAAGUCGGAGAGCAUGCCCGUCCACCUGGGCAAAGGCCAGAGCUCCAAGGCGGUCAGCUCCUCUCCCAGCAUCGACAACCUGUCGGCCGGGGGUCAGUCCUGCGCCUCGCCACCUCCGCCGCUCUCCAGGGGAGAAAGCGACGCCAGCGCCUCGUCGCCGCCCCUCUCUGCCACCAAGAAGGAGUCGUUCUUCCACAUCGCUCGCUCGCGCUCCCACAGCAAGACCAUGUCCAGGAAGGAGACGGACGACGACUUGGAGGCCCAGGUGUCCUUCCUGCAGGGUCAGAUCAACGACCUGGAAGCCAUGAGCAAAUACUGUGCCAAGAUGAUGAACACUCACAUUUGUCAAAUCCAGGACGUGAUCUUGCAAGAACACCUGGGCAAAGAGGACCAGGUCCUGGUUUCAUUGGCAGGCCUGAAGCAGAUCAAGGACAUCCUGCAGGGGGCGCUGCGCUUCAACCAGAGCCAGCUGGAGGCCGAGGACAACGAGGAGAUCAACAUCGCCGACGAUCACUACACCUCGGCAGCCCAAGCCUCUCUGGGCACCGGCGGUCACCACGACGACCACCGGCCGCAAGGCGGCGGCGGCGGCAGGAGGCGGCGAGGACCCGACGGUGACGCCAGCGCUGAUGAGAAAGAAGAAGACGAGGAAGAGGAGCAGACGAUGACUCCACACCAGGUGGCGCCAGCCCUCAGCCCGGAUGCUAAGAACUGGGAAGACUACAUCCUGGUGUGCCAGGAAGGAGACCUGCAGGGCACCCACGGACGGCGGGCCGCCUCGGAGCGCACCCCUCCCAUCAGGCGAAGCCGCGGCCCGGUGCGCAUGGAGCCCGAGGGAGCGGCGGGGACCCUUCACGACCCCCUGAUGGCGGCCAUGGCCUCGGGUUCAUCCAGCCCGGACGAGGGCUCCACCAACAGCAAGGAUUCGGACUUCACCAUCGUCAACCCGGGCGAUUUGUGAACAAGUGAGCCAAAGACUCUUUUCUUCCUCUUCUUUUCGUCCAUCUGGGCCACCAUGAUAGAAACAAAGAUGGAGUGAAGCUGCUGUUUUUUUUUUCUCAAAGUUGCACAAAGUCUUGAUGCUAUCUCCUCCACUUCUGCACUUUUUGGGUAUUUUGUUCAUCACCCUCAAACCUUAUGUGAGACACCAACACGUUCCCUUCUCAGUGCCUUCUAAAUAGUCAAAAACUGCUAGUAGGAGGGGUCGAUAAAGUACUGUAAAAACCGCCAGUGCUACAUUUACAUUCCAUCACCUAAUGUUAUUUAAGCGCUAAUGCAGAGGAACUACUUUUCUGGCGCAGUGACACAUCGCCUCGCUCACACUGCUCCUCCAACCGCUAGCGAGUAGCAAGCUUGAGCUGCUAAUAACGUUGGUAGCGACCUGCCAUAAAAUAAAGAAGGGGUUAGAAAAAGAAGUACUUUUAGUACUACUACUAUAUGGCUGUAUACUAUAUGACCCAAACAUUGCUAAGGAAGCAUUUUUUAUUUCAGGAAUGAGGACUAUUGAGGAUGUGCUGAAAGAUACAACCAUCCAAGAGAGAGUGGACAUUUUAUGCUCUUAUUUGAAACGUUACGCGCACAGUUAUAGACGUUACCGCCACGUUUCUAGAAAGCUAAGGACACGGUGGGCUGGACUUCUACCUUAAAUAAAAUUAUUAAUAAAUUAGUAACUAAAAGUUUAAUAUAGCCUAAAAGGUUUUUCUAAAAAUGUAUAAUAGUAAUAUAUAAUAAAUAAAAUAUAAUGAACUUCUAAUUACAUACAAUAAUAGUGAAUGAUAGUUUCAUAUCGUGUAAAUGUUUUUGUAAAAUAUAUAUAUUAUAGUAAUAUUAUGAAUAUUUGAACUAUAACAAACUUUUACUUAAAUACUGUAAGUUAGUACUGAAACAUUUUAUAAAAAUAUUUAAAACAAAUGUAACAAUCUUCCUUUUAAAUACAAUACAGUAAUAAACUAAGUAAAUAAAAAUA